AGGGGAUUAAGUGCAUAGCUUUCUCAUCAUAUGGAGCCGUUAAUAUCAGUAUUACUUCUUAAGUUCCCUACCUACUGUAUGAUUCAUUUUCAGGUGAAAACAAAUAAGCGAUAUGCAGGAUCAUCAAACUGGACCGUACAGGAAGCUGCUGAAUGUGUGAAAAAAGAUUUUGGAAGCAUCGACAUUCUUGUCCAUUCACUUGCAAAUGGGCCAGAGGUUAGCAAACCUCUUCUGGAGACAUCGAGGAAAGGCUAUCUCGCUGCUAUCUCUGCUUCAAGUUACUCCUUUGUUUCCUUGCUCAGGCAUUUUCUGCCAAUCAUGAACCCAGGAGGUGCUUCAAUAUCUCUUACUUACAUUGCCUCUGAAAGGAUCAUUCCUGGGUAUGGUGGAGGAAUGAGUUCUGCCAAAGCCGCACUAGAGAGUGAUACACGAGUGCUUGCAUAUGAAGCUGGAAGGAAACAAAACGUUAGGGUCAACACCAUCUCUGCCGGUCCUUUGGGAAGCCGAGCAGCAAAAGCGAUCGGGUUCAUAGACACCAUGAUUGAGUAUUCCUACAAUAAUGGGCCUAUCCAGAAAACACUGACCGCAGAUGAAGUCGGGAAUGCAGCAGCCUUCUUGGCAUCGCCAUUGGCCUCGGCAAUAACAGGUGCAACCAUCUAUGUGGACAAUGGCUUGAAUGCAAUGGGCGUUGCACUGGACAGCCCGGUUUUUAAAGACCUCAACAGCAAAAAUUAGUGUCCUGAUCGACGACUGAACUUGACAAAUUCCAUUCCGUGAGCUUGCUUGGUUUUCUUUAUGAGUAGUAUGUACUGGCAUAAUAAAAAUUGAUUUGUGGCAUUCAAUUUCCUUAAAAACGGAUAGUUAUAUUAGAUUCUUUUUAUUAGAUCCUCUGCUACCUAUUAAAUCA